GCAUUCCAGGAACGGAAUAGCCGUUUCCUGAUUUAUGUGUAUCCGAACUCAUCUUAUCAGAUUAGCCGCAUUUAAUCAUGAAAUUAAUUCUGUGGAAGCUUGAAAGCUUCAGGAUUCCCCUGAUUUGGUAGAGAUUUGACGCGAUUUUAGGAAAAGAAGACCCCAAAAACGCUUCUUGUAGCGACGUUAGGUUGUUGAGGCAUUUGAGCAGAAAUGAAUGCGCUAAUGCUGAUUUCGGGUCCUGUGUAUGGCGCGAAGCCUUUUUUGUUUAGGUCAGGAACAUGUAGAACAACAUUGCCACUCAGGUGCAGAAAACUGGAGAUUGAGAAGAAAAAUAUAAACCCCCAAAUAAGGCAGAAGAGAAGUGCAAUAGCGGUGCAAUGCGUGGUACCGGCAGCGGAGCGCAUGGUAGCAGCUCUGGGCUACGCGCUCCCCUUUUUCAACGGCAUGCAAUACGGGCGCUCUCUAAUGAUGCAGUACCCCGCGGUGGAACUUGUAUUCCGCCCCCUCUUCCCUCUGGUUGAGACCUAUCAUUCCAUUCCCUACGCGUCCUUCGUUGCCUUCUUCGGCCUCUAUUUAGGCGUGGUGAGGAAUCCCGCCUUUAGUCGCUACGUUCGUUUCAAUGCAAUGCAGGCGGUGGUAGUGGAUGUACUGCUGGCCUUGCCCAUGAUAUUUCAGCGCAUUCUGAGCCCCUCCCGUGGUGGCCCCCUACUUAAUCUCUUCCUGCUCGCCUACAGCGUGCUCUUCCUCUGUAUCGUUUUCGGUUUUCUCUAUGCCCUGGUUUCUUGCAUCCUUGGAACCACCCCCACUAUACCCUUUGUUGCAGAUGCUGCUGAUGCACAGUUAUAGCCUGCCCUCUUUGGUUCACUCAGUUUUAACUUUCAAUAUCAGAUUACCCGUCCCGAUCCAUCAUCCGAUGAGGCAAACUGAUGCAUAUAUCAGGGUACAAAAUGUUUAAUCCAAAAUUAACUACUGCCGGAACAAUCAUGUAAACAACUGGUUAUCCAAAUGGUAUAUCCUACACAUUUUUGUAGUGGGUGCACAAUUUUCUCUUUUCAAAUCUGGGCAAAGGAUACAGAAUGUAUAGCUCCUUAAGUAUCUCUUUUGAUAAUAUGAUAAGGAUAUAAUGUGCUUGGCUA